CUUUCUUCUCAGAUAGCCAACCAAAUCAACUCAAAUCUCAUUUCUCCUUCUUUACCAUUUUUGUUCUCUUCUCUUCUCUUCUCUCUGGCCGAUCAAACCCUAGGAUUUUCAAACCGUUCAAUCGCCGAGGGUUGCUCUCACUGUCAUGUAGGUUUGAUUCUUCUUCUCUUCUGGAUCUUGAGCGACGAAGAGAAGAAGAGAUCUGAGGUCUUCUGCGAGAGAGAGAUAAAGAUUUGCUCCCUCGUUGACCCGAUCGGUUCUUUUUUUGUUUUCUUUCUUUAAUCGCUUGAGAAUUUUCAAUUAUUUUCGAGAAAUCUGCUCUGAUUCGUUACGUAGAUGGCGGAAUCAUCUCCUGAUUCGUGUUUUAAAGGAGGCAAAUUUAGUGCUCCAGGGUUUAGAUUUCACCCGACUGAUGAAGAGCUUGUCAUGUAUUAUCUCAAGAGGAAGAUUUGUAGGAAGAGGCUUAGAGUUAACGUUAUUGGUGUCGUUGAUGUUUACAAAAUGGAUCCUCAGGAAUUGCCUGGUCAAUCGAUGUUGAAGACAGGAGAUAGACAGUGGUUCUAUUUCACUCCAAGGAGUAGGAAGUAUCCAAACGCAGCUAGGUCAAGCAGAGGCACUGAGACUGGGUAUUGGAAGGCUACAGGGAAGGAUCGAGUCAUUGAGUAUAAUUCAAGAUCUGUAGGACUCAAGAAGACUCUUGUUUUCUAUAGAGGCCGGGCACCUAAUGGUGAGCGGACUGAUUGGGUGAUGCACGAGUACACAAUGGAUGAAGACGAACUAGGGAGAUGUAAGUACCCCCAGGAUUACUAUGCUCUUUAUAAGCUGUUCAAGAAGAGUGGGGCUGGUCCUAAGAAUGGUGAGCAGUAUGGUGCUCCUUUCCAAGAAGAGGAAUGGGUUGAUGAUGACAAUGAAGAUGAGAACACUGUUGCUGUACCAGAUCAACCUGUGGUUCGUUAUGAGGAUGAGAGGCGACUUUUCAAUCCUGAUGAGAGGCGACUUUUCAAUCCUGUCAGUCUUCAGUUAGAGGAUAUCGAUGUGCUUCUCAAUGGUAUCCCAGAUGCACCUGGUGUUCCUCCAAGAUGUAUUCCUCAGGUGCACAGUGAGGAAGAGCUGCAGAGCACGUUGGUGAAUGAUUCUGCUAGAGAUUUUGUACCAAACAGCCAGCCAUACAACAGGCCCUCAAGUUUUGACUCUUUAGAGACCACUGAAGCUACGUCAGUACCUCUGGUGUUUGAGAAGGAGGAUUUCAUUGAAAUGGAUGAUCUUCUGAUACCUGAACUUGGAGCUUCUUCAACUGAGAAAGCCGCACAGGUCUCCAACCAUGGUGAAUUCGGCGACUUUAAUGACUUUGACCAAUUGUUCCAUGAUGUUUCCAUGUCUUUGGAUAUGGAACUUAUUGAUCAGGGAACUUCUACAAAUCUGACUUCUGUGAGUAGUUUUGCUAAUGACACAUCAAACCAAAGACAGCAAUUCCUUUAUCAACAGCUCGAGGACCAGACUCCUGAGAACCAGUUGAACAACAUCAUGGAUCCUAGUACAACUCUCAAUCAAUUUACUGACGAGAUAUGGUUCCAAGAUGAUCAGGCUGUUCUCUUUGAUGAACAACAAGCUUUUUCUGGAUCAUUUGCUCCACCCUCAUCAGGUGUGAUGCCUGAUUCCACCAAUCCUACUAUGAGUGUGCAUGCCCAAGACCAGGAACGCCAAAAUGGUGGUGGAACAACAAGCCAGUUCUCAUCGGCUCUGUGGGCAUUAAUGGACUCAAUACCUUCAACGCCAGCCUCUGCAUGCGAGGGUCCUCUUAACCGAACCUUUGUACGUAUGUCUAGCUUCAGCCGUAUCAGGUUCAAGGCUAAUGGAACGCCAGUGACUAGUACCAUAGCAAAGAAGGGUAUCAGAAACAGAGGUUUUCUUCUCUUAUCAAUCGUGGGUGCCUUGUGUGCCAUCUUCUGGGUGUUUAUAGCCACUGUUCGAGUCUCAGGUAGAACCGUCUUCUCUUGAAAGACUCGUGGUGGUUUUCUUGAACUCUUAAUUACACAGGCAAGCUAGAAGAAGAAAUCAUGGGAUUAUUAACCUAUUUUAAUAUAUGAAGCUUUGAAUUAUGUACAGAGUUUGAAAAGAGUAAAGAACCGAUAAUUCUUGAUAAAAGAGUUUCUUUUCUUCUA